AUGGAGGCGGUGAUGGCCUGCUGGGAGCUCGAGCAAACUCUGCAGAGUCUUACAGGGGCAUCUCCUGGUGAAGGCACCGGGGCAACUAUGUCCGAUGACGAAGACAAUCCGGUCGACAGUGAGAGCAACAUGUUUGACGGGAAUGAUGUGUCAGAUGGCAUGGGCUUCGGAAUGCUAACCAAGGGUGAGAGAUCCUUGGUCGAGCGCGUGAGGCAAGAGCUGAAGCAUGAGCUUAAACAGGGGUAUAGAGAAAAGCUUGUGGACAUCAGGGAGGAGAUACUGCGGAAGCGAAGAGCCGGAAAGCUCACAGGGGACACGGCGUCUACCCUGAAAGCUUGGUGGCAAGCCCACGCCAAAUGGCCGUACCCAACCGUAUGUGACAGACAUCCCGCAUAUACCGUCAUCGAAGAGGACAAGGCGCGGCUGGUGCAGGAGACGGGGCUGCAGCUGAAGCAGAUCAACAACUGUUUCAUCAACCAGCGCAAGCGGAACUGGCACAGCAACCCUACCUCGUCCUCGUCAGACAAGAGCAAGAGAAAAAGGUGA